AUGGAUCCCGAGAAAGUCGAGGCAAUCCUUAGCUGGGAGACUCCCUCCUCGGUCAAGGACGUGCAAUUCGCUAGGCCACUCGCGAAAAUGACGAAGGGAGAGCACUUUACCGCCAGGAACGGGAGGAAGAAGAUGAGGUACCAGCCGUUCGAAUGGAACGAGCGGAGGCAAGCGGCAUUCGAGGCACUGAAGUCCGCCUUUACCUCCGCCCCCAUCCUGGUGCACUUCGACCCCUCCAAGGAGAUCUACGUGGAAACCGACGCGUCCGAUUUCGUUACGGCGGGAGUGCUCUCCCAUAUUCACGGCGAUGUGCUGAAAUCCGUCGCCUUCUUCUCCAAGAAGAUGACAUCCGCCGAGUGCAACUACCAGAUUAACGACAAGGAACUCCUCGCCAUCAUCCGCUCGUUCGAGACGUGGGAACCGGAGCUCAUGAGCAACCAAGCGGAUCAGCUCGUCAAGGUCCUCUCCGACCACAAGAGCCUCGAGUACUUCAUGAGCACGAAACAGCUCACGAGCCGGCAAGUGUCACGCUUCUCGGCCAUCGAAGAUGAUUGCCGUGCUAUGGGUUUAUCAUCCACUGUCUCCAAACAUAAUUCUAAUGCACUCCUAGUCUAUGUGUGCAUUGUUUAUCUGACCCCGUGA